GUACUAGUUCAGAUGUCAGCAUAACAAGGCGACGUGUUUCAGGUAUAUCUGAUGACAUGCAUAGCUGCAUUCGCAUUAAAAAAAAAUAUUUCACCCAAGAUUUUUUCACCAUACCUUCACACGUAAUGGUGUGGGCCUACACAGCGUAGUAACAUCUAGGUCUCGUAAGCCAACCGCAUGAUGUUGCAUGACAAUAAACUCUUUUGUUCAGAAUCCACGGGAGCAUCCACCAUUUCAUUUCGUGCUGCAAUAAAUCAAAUACACCACUCAUGUGUUUUGAAACUUCAAAGAUACUUUUUUAUUUUCGUUUGUAACAGAAUAAUCGGACGUGCAAGGUCGUAGUUUAACGCUGGAGAUAUCUCCAUUAACCUGAGCUUUUGAAAUCAAGAGAAGAUUGAGUAUAGACUCUCGUUGGGGGAAAGGGACCUGUGUCUGUGUACUGUAAGAAUGUGUAACAUGGUUGCAAGCAUAGUAAUAGAGUCGGAUCUGAAAGGUGAUUUGAUUGUCCUUGAGUCGAUUCUUUGAGUGGAUACACCUUUCAAAGUUGUGCAAACAAAUUCAAAGAAAGGUUUGAUCACUGCGCAUUGUUUGACCAGUAGUCAGAAAUAGAGGCCUAUUACAGCGGACUGAGAGCUGCUUAAUAUUUUCGGGAUAUUGAUUUUACUAACAAAGUCAAUAUACGUGGAGACGGAAUAUGGAUAUGGGUAUAUUCCAAACUAACAGAUUGAGAGAUGGGCUGGUGUUCGUCGCUGCCUUCCUUCUUGUAAAAUGGCUGGUGGUGGGAUCCAAAGCAAGAAGAAAGUCGGCGCUUCCUCUGCCCCCUUCGCCUCCGGGUCUCCCACUGAUCGGACAUCUUCUUAUGCUCCGUGGUGACUUUCGCCAUGUCUUCCGAGGACUGAUGGACAAGUACGGCAACAUUUUCUCAAUUCGUGUAGGACCCCAGACGAUCAUGGUGAUGAACGACAUCGAUGCGGUUAAAGAGACCUUCGUGAACCAGUCCGAUGCCUUUUCAGACCGACAUAUGCCCCCUCUGCUCAAAUACGCUCUUGGUUCUGCGGGUAGUUUUGCUUUCGACAAUGGCCCUGUAUGGAAGGCUCGUCGUCGCUUUGGCCUUGGUGCUAUGAGGACGUUCGGCGUUGGGAAGUACAGCAUGGAACAACGGAUCAUCGAAGAGGCGAACAUACUUUGUGAGGUCAUCGAGAAUAACCAAGAAACCAGUUUUAACCCAAAAGGACUUAUCACCCACUCCGUAUCCAGCAUCAUCUGCGGCAUAACCUUCGGACAGAGGUUUGAUUUAAAUGAUCCAGAAUUCAAGGAAUUGAUUGGAAGAAUGCACAGUGCACUGUCAUCCAUCACAUUUUUCUCCUUGGGACAACUUUUCCCGUUUCUCCUGCACACGCCUUUGUACUCUGAGUUCCGACAACUGGUCUUCCGGCUGAAAUCUCUGGUAACGCGCAUGGUCCGGGAACACGAGAACAGCCUCGAUGAUCAACACAUCAGAGACAUCAUUGACCUCUACGUCUUGGAGAUUCGAGAGCAGAAAAAACGCAGAGAUGACAUCGUAUUUGAUGAGACGAGGGUGUGGCGUGGCAUCUUUGAUCUGUUUGCGGCAGGGACAGGGACCACGAGUACGACGUUGAUGUGGGCUAUUCUCUUGAUGGCAUCGCACCCUGAUACCAUGAAGAAGGUGCAAGCUGAAAUUGAUAGCAUUAUUGGCGAUCAUCGCUCACCAUCGAUGGCAGACAGGGAGGCAAUGCCACUGACCAUGGCAACUAUCUUGGAAAUCCAGAGAUUUCGACCAGUAGCACCCCUUGGGUUUCCUAGAUUCACCAGUAGGGAUACUGUGGUCAAAGGAUAUUCCAUUCCUAAAGGAACAGCGGUCCUCGUGAAUAUAUGGGAGCUCAUGCACAGUACAGAGUAUUGGGACCAGCCUGACAAGUUCAAUCCUUCACGAUUUCUGAGUGAAGACGGGAAGAGCAUUAUCAAACCGGAUGCAUUCAUUCCAUUUGGUACAGGGAGUCGUUCGUGCUUGGGAGAGAUAUUGGCAAAGAUGGAACUCUUCCUGGCUUUCACGUGUCUCCUUCAAAGAUUCAACUUUUACUUGUCUGAGGAUUCACCGACAAAUACUGAACCAAUACCUGGAAUUGCAUUGAUACCGCCUGAUUUCCGCAUUAGAGCUGAGAAAAGAUUGUAAAAAUUUUACUUUCUAACUUUGUCGCCUAUUUCUUUCUUUAUUCUUUCUUUCUUUAUUUUUUCUUCCUUUCUUCCUUCCUUUCUUUCUUUUCUUUUCUUUUCUUUCUUUCCCCCUUUUUUUUUCUUUCUGUAUUUCUUUCUAAAAUUCUUUCUUUCUCUCUCUCUUUCUUUGUCUCACAAUGCACACCCCAACACACACACUAACCCCCCUUUUUGUUUCCAACGUUAUCAAUUAACUCGUUAUGUAAAUUUUCAACAACAACAAAAUGUUUAAAAUGUGAAAAGGUUUGCAACGCAAAACAAGGUAUACAUGGCAUAAGUACCAGAAUCAAACAGAAUUGAUCAUAUUAUUACGCAGGUGUUUUAGCCAUAUUUUAAAAGGAAAAUCUAGUAUAAAGUCUAAUUGAAUGUCAUGAUUAUAUCUAGAUUUGUAUCAGAUGUUAUUACCUGACUAUUUGGUAUAUAGGAUGAGCGUACUAAAGAGCCGAGGAAAUGGAGGUCAAUGACCUUGCUUAUCUGUGACUACAAAAUGAUAUUACCAGUCCAUAAGUUUGUUGAUGGAAUUAUUACGUGUGAAAAAGGAACAGUUAUGAACAUGUAAUAUGACGUUAUGUCACAAAACACUUUGUAGAGUAUUCGAGGCGCUUGGUGUAUCAAACAGUGUAAAAUAAUUAUGUUGUGUUAUAUUAGUCGACUUAGACAGGGUUUUUUUUCUUUUGCUUUGUAUUUGAUUUUAUUUAUUGUUUUCUUCUGCAUUCAUAACAUUCGUUUAUAAUACAAUUUCCAUUACGUACCAAACAUAAUAUAUCGGUAAUUGAUUUUGGUAUGAAUCAUACAUAAAAACAAAACUAAAUAUAAAAAAGUCAUUCUAAAGAUCUACUACCAACAACAAAAAAAGAAUUAUAACAUUUACAGUUUGCAGGAGAAGGAUUGUCAUUAUAAGCAGAUUGCUUGAAAAAAAUGACAACCCCAGAAUAAAACUCAUUAAAUUAAUAAAUACAUUUAUAAAGCAGAAUGGAAAUGUUAUUUUGUUCAUAAUUUUAUAAUGAUGAAGAUGGAGAUGAUAAGAAUGAGGAUUAUGGUGAUAAUGGUGAAAAUGAAGGCCAUGAUGGAGAUGAUGAUGAUGAUCAUCAUCAUCAUUCCUUAAAGUGCGGGUGAACAGGUAUUAAGAUCAGACACCAGUCCCCGUAGAUACAUUUUUAAGUGCUGUUUAAUGUAAUUUCAUUAUUAUCAUUACUAUUUAGUUAUUGUAAAGCGCUUUGAUCAUAUUUUUGGUAAAGCGCUAUAUAAGUACCUGUUAUGUAUGUAUGUGUGUGUAUGUAUGUAUGAUGGUCAUGGGAGAGUAUUUGGUGAUGAUUAAAUCACAAGAAAAGUGAUUUAAGGAUUAACUGAAAUACUGACACAGAAAACUUACUUUAAUUAUUCUCAUAAUAAUUAUUUCUUUGCUUUUGAUUUCUAAAUGCAAUUAUUGUAUACGUGCAUGUGUUUGUGGUAGAAGAUAAUUUCGGUGAAUCAUUCCGAAAAUAAAUUUCGGUUCUUCAUUUAUUCAUACAUGCCAAGCGCCGUUUUGCUUGAUGGCUGGAUUUAAAGGGGAUUUAAAAAUGAUUUAGGCAUGGGGGAAAGAUAUUAAAUAUUGUAUGAAAUGAUUUUGUAUCAUAUUCUCUGUUUGAAAUAAAAUCGAACUUAGAAAUCUGA